UGUGGAAAAUAAUAUUUCGCGGUAUGUAGGAAAAAUAAUGAAAACCGACAACAUUGCGCAGUCUCUUGUAUCUUUCCUACGCCAUCGUUUCUUGGCACGUUCAGUUAGUUUGUAGCGGUGGUAGUAGUCAGCUGGUUGAGAGAAUUUCGUAGACUUCGCUUUGUGGGCCAUUCUCCGUAGUAGGGCCACUUAAAAGUUCGGUAGUGGAAAUUUUUUUCCCGUUGACUAUGUGAAAAAUCGUAUUAGUUUUCUUGUGGUUUGUUUAUUCAGUUUUUUUGUUUCGAGUUUCAGCGCGUUUAUUUCUUCUUAACUUUUGAAAACUAUUGGAUUAAAUUGGAUUCUUCACUUUGGAAUUUCUAAUAUAAAAGAAGAGCAUAAUUUAGAUAUGAAACAAUUCUCCUUUUAUUCCAAAGAAAUAAAAGAAUUGCAAACCAUCGAAAAAGUAUUGAUCGUUGAAAAACAAAGUCGCCGAGGAAGGUUUAGGUAACAACUUAAACUGUUGUAAAUUUUUUCAAAAAUUUCAAAAAAAUCGCUCAAAAACGGCUUCCUCAAAGUCUACUAAACCGAAUAUUCGUGUAAAUUUACUUGAAAUACCUGCGAAACAAAUAAAAAUUCAGUGGCGGUGGUAUACGGGCGACACCAUUUCUUUUUCGAGAAAAAACAACAAAAACAUAAUUGGAAAAGCAUCAGGAGUGGCGGUGACCUUAAAGGGGUGGUGGCGCGAUGUGGGGCUAUGCCCCCGGGCGGCCCCUUCCCCUUCUGUAAGCUCGAACUCCACUCGGAAUAGAUCCAUCAUCAGAAGGGGAUCUCUGCGAUCCAUGGGACAAUCUUUCAGUAUGUGCAAGUUUAACUGCAGACAUAAAAAAGGCUUACAACUACGUAACAGUGGGGAGGAUACGCGGAUGCCGAUAGAUGGAACCACAACGGGUUCGGAUUCUGCCAAUAGGCUUCCGAAACAUAACCACGGCAAUUAUGGACAUUCGUAUGAUCCAGAAUAUGCUCACAUGGAAUCGUGGUUGGACGAACAUCCCGAUUUCGUCAAUGAUUAUUUCUUGAGAAAAGCUACUCGUCAAAUAGUGGAACAAUGGCAAGUCUCUCACGCGACUCCUACGUCGUCUAGCGUCGAACUUUCAUCGCCUACGCAUAACAACCAAUCGCGCGCGAGUUCCGGCGCUACGACACCAGUACGCAAAAUAUCAGCGCACGAAUUCGAACGCAGCGGUUUACUAAAACCGAUGAUUAACACCAUAGAUGGACAACCGACGUUUCUGACCAGCGAGAACCAAACACAGGCAGCGACUGGUAGUCCUACGCUCGGUAGACGACAGAGGAGGUCUAGGCAUGAACUUAGGCAGAUGGACGAGAAAGAUCUCAUUUUUGAGUUGGUCAAAGAUAUCUGUAAUGAAUUGGAGAUUCGAUCGUUAUGUCACAAAAUCCUCCAGAACGUGUGUAUGCUGCUUAACGCCGAUCGCGGUUCGCUGUUUUUGGUGGAAGGCGAUAAAUAUAGCGGUUGUCCCGUCGCUCCAGGUCACUAUAGGGAUCGUUGUUUGGUGUCAAAAUUAUUCGACGUUUGUUCGAAAAGUACCUUAGUGGAAAUUGAGAAAAAAGAAGAGAUCAAGAUUCCUCUGGGAACUGGUAUUGUGGGAUACGUAGCCGAGAGUGGGGAACCCGUCAAUAUACCAGAUGCUUAUCAGGACGAACGUUUUAAUCAUGAGGUAGAUAGUAGGACGGGCUACAGGACGAAAUCCUUAUUAUGCAUGCCCAUCAAAGACACCAACGGUGACGUAAUUGGUGUAGCGCAGGUUAUAAAUAAAGUUGGUGAUCAACCAUUCACGAAAACCGACGAAGAAGUAUUUUCCAAAUACCUACAGUUCUGCGGCAUCGGCCUCCGAAACGCGCACCUCUACGAAAAAUCCCAGUUAGAAAUAAAAAGGAAUCAAGUCCUUUUAGAUUUGGCCAGGAUGAUAUUCCAAGAACAGUCUACGUUGGAGCACGUGGUUUAUAGAAUUUUACUGCACGCACAAAGUCUUAUUCAAUGCCAAAGAGUACAGAUUCUUUUAACGCAUCAAGAUUCAUGCGCUAGUUUUUCGAGAGUUUUUGAUUUUGAAGAAAACGAUGUUAAUAUUAUCGAAUCUGGAGAGAGUAGAAAUAGUCCAUUGGAAGGGAGAUUUCCAAUUAAUUUGGGAAUAACCGGACACGUAGCUACUACGGGGGAGACUGUGAAUCUAACGAACGUGUACGACGAUUCACGAUUCGAUCCCGAAGCGGACCAAGGUACAAACUUUAAACACAAGACGGUUUUGUGUAUGCCGAUAAAGAACAGCAAAAAUAAAAUAAUCGGCGUUAUACAAUUGAUAAAUAAAUUCAACGAUCUUCCUUUUACGCAAAACGACGAAAAUUUCGUGGAGGCGUUCGCCAUCUUCUGCGGCAUGGGUAUACACAACACGAGGAUGUACGAGGAGGCCACUACGGCCGUUGCUAAACAGAAAGUUAUUUUGGACGUGCUGUCCUAUCAUGCGACCGCCAGUGUUGAGGAAGCCCAAAGAUUAAGGUGUAAUAAGUAUUUCUUCGACGACGCGGACCACGUCAGGAAACUUUCAGUAGUGUCUCGAAACGAUUUGAGGGUACCGUCAAACGUAAAGUUUGGGCUUCUCGAUUUCGCUUUUGAUGACAUCCGUUUAAGUGAUGACGAUACUCUAACCGCUUGUUUAAGAAUGUUCCUUGAUCUCAGUCUCGUCGAAACGUUCCACAUAGAUUUCGACGUAUUAUGUAGAUGGUUAUUAUCGGUUAAGAAAAAUUAUAGAGACGUGACUUAUCACAAUUGGCGACACGCUUUCAACGUGGGUCAAAUGAUGUAUUCAAUAUUACACGCUACCAGAUGGUGGGAGUAUCUCGGAUCGAUUGAAUGUCUCGCUCUUAUGAUCGCUUGUCUUUGUCACGAUCUGGACCAUAGGGGAACCAACAAUUCUUUUCAGAUGAAAAUUCAUUCGCCGAUAGCGCAACUUUAUUCCACUUCUACUAUGGAACAUCACCACUUCGAUCAGUGUUUGAUGAUAUUGAAUUCACUUCAGCUUCUGUCGAAUCUUACGCCGGAGCAACAUUCGAGGGUGAUCAGGGUAUUAGAAGAAGCCAUUUUAGCUACGGAUUUGGCGAUAUAUUUUAAGAAACGUGUCGAUUUUUUCAAAAUAGCCAGUGAGGGUUUGAAUUGGAAACGGGAGGAGCACAAAGAAUCUGUUAGGGGUAUGUUAAUGACAGUCUGUGAUUUAGCGGCCAUAACGAAACCGUGGGAAGUAGAAAAACGAAUAGCAGAAUUAGUUAGUGCAGAAUUUUUCGAACAGGGCGAUUUGGAAAGAGAAACGUUGAAUGUUACACCAAUGGAUAUAAUGGAUAGGACCAAAGCUGAAAAACUACCUAUUAUGCAGAUCAACUUUAUCGACUCGAUUUGCCUACCUAUAUACGAGGCUUUUGCGGAUCUUUCUGAAAAUUUGCAACCGCUCCUCGACGGGGUUAAACAAAACCGCGAUCAUUGGUUAGAAGAGGCGCAAAGGGCUCAUUUGGUGCCGGAUCAAGAGGAAACCGAAGAAAAAGAUGAUAACGAUAACGUAUCGAAACCUAGUAGUCCCGAUCAAAAACAAAGUCCUUGCGAAAAUAAUUGUCAAGAAAUUACCAAUAGAUAAAUAACCCUCGCUUCAAUAAAUCGAUUUCGUUAAUAUUAUUAGAACACCCUGUAUGACACCGGAAUAAAAUACAUGCGAUAUUAAAAUCGUGAUAAUUUUUUUAAAUGUACUUAUUAAAAAAAAUGGUACCAAUUUUUAAAAAUCGUUUUUCCAAGUUGAAAAAUAAAUUCAAAUUGUAGAAUUUUGAAAAAAUGUAUCUCGAGCCUGAAUUAAAGUACUUUGAGCCUAAUAGGCGAGUGUUUCAAUACCAAAUUGCAUAUUUGGAAAAAUUUUAAUCGAUUUUCGGAGAAAUUACGAUUUUUCGGAUCGAAGACGAUAUUUUUUGAAAGGCAUCGGAUGAAAUUUAAUUUUAUACUUGAAAAUCGGUAGUUUAAUGAAAAAAAAAUCAUGUGUGGAAUUAAUGCUAAAAAUUAUAAAAUGUGGGGAGUUUCAGGAGUUAGCUUAGCUUAAUAAACAUUUUUUUUUCAUAUAUUCUCAAAUUACUCCAAUCUCAAUCAAAUAAUUUUGAUUUUUCUUAAAAGCUUCGACUUUUUCCAUUUUAAACGACGUGGUUUUACCUUAAAACCCCCUUUUCGUCAAUUUUUUCUACUAUUUUCACUAUAAAUAACAUUAGCCUCUUUAUUUGUUCUAAUUUUUAGUAUCCAAACAUUUUAUUUGCUCCAUUUUCCCUCCAAAUUACUUGAAACCCUUUCAUCUGAAUCAUUUUUCGUAGAAAUCUUGGUUCGUUCCAAUUUUUACCUUUCAAACAAUUUGUUUCUUUCAUUUUCUUUUAUAAACGUCAUUGAAUCCUUUAAAAACAUUUCUUUGUUUUUUUUUCCUCCAAAUUAUCUGAUUCUCCUCAAACGCUUGAUUUGAUUCAUUUUUUCCUAGAAAUGGCUUCGAUCUUCUUCAAUUUUCUUGGUUUGUUCCAAUAUUUACCGUUUAAAAGUUUUGUUUGUUCUAAUUUCACUAUAAAUGUCUUCGAUUUCUUCUAAAACAUUUUGUUCGUUCCAAAUUUUCAUACAAAUGACUUCCCAAAAAUCUAGUUUGUACUAUUUUCACUUCCAAAACAUCUUGUUUGAUCCGUUUUUACUUAGAACAAUCACAGUUUAACUCCACAAUUUUCGUUUGUUCUAUUUGAACUUUCCAAACGUUUUGUUUGUUCCAUUUCUAUUUACAGAAUACAUGGUUUGUUCCGCUUCUACUCCUAACAAUCACAGUCCAACUCCACUAAUUUUGUAUGUUCUUUUUGUACUUUCUAAACGUUUUGUUUGUUCCAUUUCCGCUUCCAAAAUACCUGGGCUGCUCCGAUUUUACUUUGAACAAUUACAGUUUAACCCAGAAAAUCUAGUUUGUUCCAUCUUCAUUUCCCAAAUAUCUUUUGUUCAAAUUUUCGUUAGGGACUAUUUGAAUUUCCAUUAAUUUAUUUUGUUUCUAUUAGAAAGCGAAUUUUAUGUUCUGUUUUUCGAAAAAUAUCGUAAUGUUCUCUAUUAAAAAUAGAAUUUGAAUCAUGUUUUUUAUCUAGAAUAAAAAAAGUUAAUAACUGCUUGAUUUAUGAAGUUUAAUCAAAAAGUUUUGCAUUAAAUUCUAUUGUAUAUUUUGAUGAUAAAUUUGUUUUCUUCUGGUUUUUAUCUUAUAUUUUAUAAAAAAGAAAAGGUGCUAGAAUGUGAAGGUGCGUUUAACAACACUAGUUAGAAUUAUUUGCAAAAUCUCAUGAAAUAUAAUUUAUUGUGUGUCUGUGUGGGAGUAUAUAUUUUUUAAAUUUUAGCUCUCUUAACUUUUAUCCUGUCAACUUGUGUUUGUGAUAUAUUUGUUAAGUUUUCCUAUUAAGGUUGUCACUUGUAGUUACCUUUAUUUUCGUUUUCGCGCUUUUCUGGAAAUAAUUCGACUGAUUUCAGUAGAACCUGGUUUUUGAGUUGACAAAAAUUAUAACCAGAACUCAUUCUUAACUCAAAUCUAUCAUCAUCCGAAAGAAGUUCUACAAGUCGACUUUACUUAAUGUUGUUUAUUUGAAUGAUUUUUCAUCAUCUGUGUUCCAUUUUCCAUUCCAUAUCUUGUUUGUUCCCUCUUUUUUAUCCAAAAUAUCGUGUUCUCACUACCGAAGACUUUAUUACUUACAAAACGUCUUGUUUUGUUCCAAUUUCACCAGAAAAUAACCUUGAUCUCCAUCAAACAUCUUGUUUGAUGUUGACCUCAUUUAUUUUGCAAACAUUUUGUUUGUUCUAAUUUUUCCACCGGUUGACCUCAUUUCUUCUCCAAACAACUUGUUUAUUCCAAUUUUUUUGGCAAAUGACCUGCAUCUUCUUCCAAGCAUUUUGUUUGUUCCAAUUUUUCCACCAAUUGACAUCAUUUCUUCUCCAAACAUCUUGUUUGUUCCAAUUUUUUCUUUAAAGGUCUAGGAACUCCUUCCAAAUAUCUUAUUUGUUCCAUUUUUUUGUUACUUCUAAACAUCUUUGGUCCAUUUGUUUUGCUUAUACUUAUUGUGUGUUCCUUAAGGAUGCUACACUAAAUUUGUCAACUUUAUAGCCUUCGUUCUCGAUAUAAUUUGAAUAAUAUUAAUUAAAAUAUUUCCAGAAAGUGCAAAUGAUUGAAAUAAAGAAAGCACGCCAAGGUGUUAGUUUAUUCUUCUACCAUACUUACGAAUGACGUGAAGUUGGUAGAAAAAGAAGCAGAACCGUAUUUUAAGAUGGUAUUAUAUAUAAUUGAACCAAAGUGUAUUUUUUUUGUGUAAUUAAUUAGUUGGAAACUUUUUAACAUUUUAAUUAUAAGUUAAAAGGAGUGAGAUUGCUAUUCUAGUUCUAGGUAGGUUCGAGUUUUUCUUCUUAUUUAAGAGCCUCUAUUGUCUUUUUGUAAGAUUAAUAUAUGUACAGAUUAUGUAAAGAAAAUGACCACCAAUAAUAAUAAUAUAUUUAUUACAA